ACCAAUACAAAGGAUGAAAAGGUUCAUUAAAUUCAGUUUACUUCCUAGCUUCUUACUUCGAUUGAUCUUGAUCGUUUACUCAGUUUAUCAUGAUCGAAAUCAUAAGUUGAAGUAUACUGAUGUAGAUUAUCAAGUUUAUUCUGAUGCUGCGAAGUUCAUCUUAUCGUCAUCAUCAUCAAGAAUCGGUUCACCGUACGAUCGGGAUACAUAUCGUUAUACACCUUUACUUGCAAUCUUACUUUUACCUAAUCAUCUCUUACAUCCACUUUGGGGUAAAGUUUUAUUCUCAUUAUCUGAUUUAGUGAUCGGUUUAAUCCUUUAUCUUUUAAUUCGAUCCAAGAAGUCAUCUCAUUCGAUUUUGAUUAUCAAUUCACUUUGGCUUUUAAAUCCAAUCGUCGCUAAUAUUUCCACUCGUGGUUCAAGUGAAUCGAUCUUAGGUGUUUUGGUCAUUAGUACUUUAUACUUCUUUGAACGGAAAAGAUUCAUCACUUCUGCUAUUCUACUCGGUUUAGCUGUACAUUUUAAAAUUUAUCCUUUUAUUUAUGGUGCUAGUAUUUGGAGUCAUUUGGGAUCUCAUUCUAAUGUGACUUCAUUUGGUUAUCGAUGGGUAUCCAUCAAUCAACCUCAAUUUCAAUUCGUUUUCAUUGCGAUCGGGACUCUAUUCGGCUCAAGUGCUUUGAUGUAUCUAAUAUGGGGUGAUGAAUACCUUCAAAAUAGUUAUUUGUAUCAUUUAAAUAGACUUGAUCAUAGACAUAACUUUUCACCUUAUUUUUAUCAAAUCUAUUUAAAUUUCUUUAACUCUAAUCCGAUUUAUGUUUUAAGAUUUUUAUCAAAUCCUUUGAUUAGUUUCUUACCUCAAAUCAGUUUAAGUUUAGGACUUGGAUUUUUAUUUGGUUCGAUUGAUUUAAGAUUUGCUUGGUUUAUACAAACUUUAGGAUUUGUUGGAUUUAAUAAAGUGGUGACAUCUCAAUAUUUCUUAUGGUAUCUUUGGUUUAUUCCACUGAUUCUGGAUCGGAUUCAUUUAUCAAGAUCACGUUUGAUUUUCAUGGUCUCAAGUUGGAUUAUCACUCAGGCUCUAUGGCUAAAUCAAGCUUAUCAAUUGGAAUUCAUGGGAAAAUCAGUUUUCAGAGAACUUUGGAUGUUCAGUUUAUUCUUCUUUAUUUGUAAUUCUUGGAUUUUAGUUUGUUUGAUCAAAGCUUAUAAACCUAUUGCUCAUUCUAAUCUUAAAAUUGAUUAA